CUAAAAUUAGCACUGCACAUUUGCCGUUCAGUUUGCAUUUGACCAGCAUACACAACGCACAACUACUGAAUCAUACAUUACUAGCUCACAUUCGCAAGUCCUCAGCUCAGUCUAGUUUGUAGCCUAGACAGGUACUGCAGCUAAAGGUGUGAUCAUGGCUGGACUUUGUAAGAACCUCUAGCGUCGGCUUUUCUGCUUGCUGAUACGGCACAGCAGAAACCAUACAGGAUCAUCCAACUAUUAUUAGGAGGUCCCCAGACUCCACACACUCCACACAAACGCGUACACCACCAAGCAUCCAUCAUGCCUGUCCAGACCCCGCAAUGGACGGAGGUCCUCUCUUGUCCCGUGUGCUGCAAGGACUUCAGCCCGAGCGGCCGUCAGCCAGUCAGUCUGUCGUGCGGUCACACAGCCUGCAGAAUGUGUCUCAGCAAGCUGCAUCGUCAACAGUGCCCGUUCGAUCAGACUCCCAUUUCCAAGGAUGUGGACAAGCUUCCUACAAACUUUGCCAUUCUUCAGCUCGUGGCUGGUCAGGAAGUGAUGAGAGAUCCGUCAAGGAAGCGGAUUCCAGAUGGCCUGAAGCCUGCUGAGUUUGAAAACUAUCAGACUACACAGGGCAUCAUUGAAGAAUUGGCUCUCUAUCUAAAGGCUCUUAACAAACCAUCUUCCGGUAGCCUGAAUGGAACCCUGAACGGUAACAGUGGCUCGCCCCUCCUCAGCCGUCCGAUCCAGCGUAAACUAGUCACCCUGGUCAAUUGUCAGCUGAUUGAGGGAGAAGGCAGGGCCAGGGUGGUUCGGGCAGCCCGAUCUCUGGGGGAGAGGAUCGUUACAGAACUGAUCAUUCAGCAUCAGAACCCGCAGCAGCUCUCUACCAACCUGUGGGCUGCAGUGCGAGCCAGAGGCUGCCAGUUUCUUGGACCUGCCAUGCAGGAGGAAACUCUGAAGCUUGUUCUGCUGGCGCUGGAGGACGGGACACCUCUCUCUCGCAAGGUCCUGGUCAUGUUCGUGGUCCAGAAGCUUGAGAUGCAGUUCCCUCAGGCCUCCAAGACGAGCGUAGGUCACGUGGUUCAGCUCCUCUACCGAGCGUCCUGUUUUAAGGUCACCAAGCGGGAAGAGGAGUCCUCUCUCAUGCAACUCAAAGAAGAGUUCCGCAACUACGAUUCCCUGAGACGCGAGCACGACACGCAGAUUGUUCAGAUAGCCAUCGAGGCCGGCUUGAGGAUAUCACCGGAACAGUGGUCGUCCCUGCUGUACGGUGAUCUCAAUCAUAAAUCUCACAUGCAGUCCAUCAUUGACAAGCUCCAGACUCCAGCCUCCUUCACCUCCAGUAUCCAGGAGUUGACCAUUUGUCUCCAGCGCUCCGGAGAUCCAGUCCGCUUGGCCCAGCUCCACGCUCAGCUGGAGAAACUGGCAGCCAUUGACCCAAGUCCAGGAGCAAUGAUCUCCUCCUGGGAAGGCAUCCUGUCUGCUUUAGACUCUGUCAGGAAGGUCCUCAAGGGGCUGAUGGAGUUCCUCCAGAACUACUCCCAGAACAAGAAAGCCCUGGAUCUCCAGACCCAGAACAUCAAGUACAAGACCAGUCUGUGUCGGGACGUCAUGCAGAAGGGAGGCUGCCCUCGGGGGCCAAGCUGCACGUUCGCGCACUCGGAGGAAGAGCUGGAAAAGUACCGUUCAAAAAGCCGUCAACUCCUGUCCUCGCUGAACAGUCAGAACAAGAAUUCAAACGUUUCACGCGGAGAUGGCUCCUUAUUAAGCGAGGGUAAUAAUGAGACAUCUACCCAGUCCAUGCCUGGCAGUUCAAACGGCAAGCCACCAAGGGACCAACCCAUAUACAGCCUGGAGGAAUGCUCCGCUGCCGCCAGGCUGGGGAGCGAGUCUCUCUACAGCAGCGUGUCGGGGCUGUUCUCUGAUCAGCAGGAACGCAGCACUGGCUCGGCUGCCAUGGGCUAUAAAUCUGAAUCGGGCCGGAUCCACAGGCCCCCUCUCAGUGCAUUCUCUCAGCUGGCUUCCUCAGAGAGAAAUGAGGAUGAGCUACGUUUGGAUGAAGAUAUUCAAGCUUCUCUCUAUGGACUCAGGGAUCGUAACGAGCAGUCAAUGACUACCAGGAAGGAGUUGAGUAGCCCCACUCCUGGGCUGCCACCCCACCUGGAGUACCCCAAUAUCUUACCGAGCAGUAACACCAAGAUGUACCUAGCCAGUCGUAGCCUGAGCAUGAAUGCUAGCGAACCAUCGGUGGGCAGAGAGGACUCGGAGAGGACGUCCAGUGUGGGCGGGGGCAGGGUGAUGCACCAUGAAGCCAAGGGGCGAAGGCCAGGGCCGGAUAUCGACAGAUACGCUCUACCGCCUGAAGAAGGGUACUUUUAUGAGAGGAGGAUGCCAUCCAAUGAAGCUCCUGCCGCCUAUGGUGGCCAGGGGCCUUCACCUCAUCCACCACCCCAACCCCACAUCCUGGUGCCCACCAUGCCGCCGCAACCCCAAGGCGACCCCUAUGACCGCAAGCCGGACAAGCACCCUUACCCCUACCACGCCCCCUCCGGUGGUGGUUACCUGUACCCUGAGUCCCAGGUGAUGCCCCAGACUCCACCGCCGGAGCCGCCGAGGCAGUACCGCAGACCGGUGGUGCAGCGCUACGUUGAUCCUCACACCAUGAAGGCGUAUGAUGUGGUGCCUGUGGAUGACUAUGUUGAGCCCUCAGCUCCGCCCCCAUCGUUGUUGCCGAGCCAGAGGUACAAGCCACAACCCAUGUAUCAUGGGGAGCCAGACUUCUACCCUCCGUACGACCAGCGAGGGCACAGGAUCACUGACAUGAGACAUUUACCACCGGUAGGCACACCACAGGGGAACCCCAGCCACCUCAUCCCGGAUGAUAGCUCCAAGCGACCGGAGAUGAAGGGGGGUAAAUUACCAAGCCACAAGGUUGCAGUCUCACCACCCAAACCAAAGCCUCCUCUUAGAUUGGAAAGAGGCCCGAGCCUGACAGAGUUGAAGGAACGUCAGACCUACCUGGUGACCAGGCUGGAUGAGAUCCAGGAUGAUACCGACACCAAGGAUGAUGAGCCUGUCACCUCCACCCCAUGGAGUAGGCCCGCCACCUCCAGCUCCACCAAUCCCCCCACCAGCCUGUGGGCUCAUAUGGCUGAUACCCAGCCAUCAUGGACAACGUCCAGCAGUAGAGCCCUGUCAGAUAGCCUCUGGGGAACGUCCACUGAAUCAAAGGAAGCCAUAUCAUCAACAGGCCUUAGCUUUAGUUUCACAGGCAUUGAAGACGAGGAGGAGGAGGAGGACAUCGACCACCGGAAGAAUGGUAUCGAUGUUGAUGCAGAGGAGGAGAUAGAGACUUCCAAGUUUACGGAUGACGAUGAGACUACUGAUCAGGCGGAUAGGUCGGACAGUGAAGUAGGAAGCUAUAAUCCUUGGACGAGCACGUCUCUGUUCAUGCCUAACACGGGGAAAGCGGUUAAAGAGACGGCGACCAACUACACGAUGACUUACAGCAAGGUGUUGGUCCGUCAUGUCUCGGCCAACGAGGACGACCCGUCGCAGAGGACACCUCAUGGCUCGCACCAGAUGGGAGACUAUGAGAAGAUGUCCAUGCAUGAGCUGGAGAGAACCUUGAAGGAGGUGGGGCAGCAGGACCAGAGGGCCGGCAGCAGUCACUUUGAGCGGGGACACAAGAUCCAGAUUGAGAUGGGGCGUCGAGAAGAGGACGGUCCCACCCCUUCGCCCCACUUCUCGAGCAACUCCGUUCCCCUGCCAGCCCAGCUUGUCAGCAAGGAACCCAUCCUGCAUAUGUACACCAAGUACCCCCAUGCAGGGGCUCUGGCGGCUUCGUAUGGACCGGUAUCUGGCUCAGCCAGAGCUCUGGGCAGCAACACAGGCCCUCUUAAGGUGAGCGCUGGCAUGGUUGAGAAUACGAUGCCAGUCAACAUGACACAACAGGAUUGUCAAGUGGCUCCAGGGUUCCAGACCCCCGAGGGUGAUGGCUACUACAUCAAGACACCCAAAGCACCUUCAGCUGAACUUGAAGCUACAAUUCUCAAAGAUGACUGGGAGACCACUGUAGAGAAGCUUGUUGAGUGUGAUCCACAAGCACAGGAGAAACUGAAACAAGCCCUGAGCCAGGUUAGGACCAGGAUCCAGGCCAAGGAGACUGCAAAGCAUGCCCACAACACGUUUAUAAUAGACUUUGAAGAGAAGAUACUGGAGAACAUGAACUGUGAGAAAGACCACCGGCCUGUCGUCGACUGUAGUCAUGGCGACUGUAGUCACGGCGGUAACCAUGUAACACACCAGGUCAAACCUCCUCAGCAGAAUGUUUCAGUCCAACAGCCUGAAAGCAGGGCUGUUCAGAUGCAGGAGUCUGGGCUCUCCCGCUACGCCCGCCAGCCCGAUCCUCACCACGUCCGCCAGCCUGACCCUCACCCCAGGGACCCCAGGGACCCCAGGGACUCUCAUUGGAUGCCGCAGCGCGGGGGCAGUCCAGGCCACGCCCCAGGUUACCAGUACGUUGAACCCCACCCCCAUAUGGAUGGGUACACCAGCCCCAAGACUCCUUACCCUCGCCUGGUCCCUGCAGGCAGCAGACAGACCAGGUAUGGCCCCCCUCCUCCUGGACCCGCUAGCCAUGUACAAGUAGAACGCCAAGGGAUACAUGCCUCCAAACGCCAGAUGGAGGCAGCAGACCUCCAGUAUGCCAAACAGGUGCAGGACAAGGAGCGUGAGGAGUACCUGAGGCACCUGGAGGAUGUCCAGAGGAGGCACGACCAGAUGGACCGUAUGGAGCAGCAGAAGCGGACCCAGGAGGAGCGGGACAGGAAGAUCGCCAGGGAGCUUGCCAUGAGGGAGGCCAUGUACAAUAAUUACCCCUAGUGGUGGAGCUUAGAUGCUGGAGGAGGGCAACGUUACCCCCCCCCCCCCCCCCACUACCUAAGAAAGUGCAGCAGAGAUGGAGGAAGUUGUAGCUGUUGCUGUAGUAGCGUUAUAAGACAGCUACUGUAAUGCUGUCAGUUUUGUCACUUUUAUUAUACAGCAUGAUGCAGAACUGAUAUAAUAUUAAGUGAUUCAAUAUGUUAAUUUGUGAUGUUCCUUAAUUAUGUACACAUAUGGUAUACAUGUAAUGUAAGGAAGAAGAUUUUGUAGUGCAUAAUCUUUCCUGGUUGCUUUUUAGAGUUAGAUAUUGCUAAGAUUAUUUACAUUUAUCUGAUAGUGUUAACAGUCUAUACCAGUGAACUUCAAAAUGAUAUUGUCAAAUAUAUCUUCUGUAUUUCACUGUUUGUAUGCUUUUUGACAAUCGUAUAUAUUUGGAGGAUUGUAUGGGAGGGAGAAAAGGAUAUGUGUGGAUAUGAAAAAUAUUGUUCACUCCAGGCUAAUGAGAUAUAGUUAUCUACAUGUACCAACCCAAAUGUUAGUUACAUAUAAUUAUACUGCAUAAGCAGCUAUUUUCGCAGGGGGUUUAUUUUCAUGAAUUUCACAAAUUGCUCAUUGAUGGCGAAUUUAACAACACGUGAAUAUUUCCAGCAAGUAUUAUGUUGCAUGUCGAAAUAGCUGAAGAAAGCCCCUUCACUUGUAGCGUACGGCAUCUAUAGACUAUGGACUAUACACUAUAGCCAUCACAGGGUCAUCCAGCGAAGUUUAAGACUACAAGGAUCAUAAGAGAUCACUUCAAUGGAUUAUUUUCAUUUAUUUCUCCCAAAAUAAUUCUUAUGUAAUGACGAUUUGUGACACGCAGUAAUGAGUUGAUGAUCCACGGAAAUAGAAUGAUCAUCAUUAAAAAGUAUAACAUUGGUUAUGGCUGCGGCUUUAUGUGAAAUAAUGAGACUCAAAUUUGUUCCUGAACAAUAGAUCAGCGAAAUUAUCGUUAGGCGAAAAUAUUUCCAUAUACAAUAAGCAAGGAGGCGAGGGAGAAGAGAGGGCAGUGCGUGAUGCCAAAAUUAUGUCAUUUUGUAAAUGGCUAAGGUCACUUCUGCAAUCAAAGACACCUCUUUGUUGCUUUUUUCCAUUAAUACGAUUUUAGACAUCUGAAAAUUAAGCAGUAUUAAUGUUUAAUACUAUCCUUAAUACCAUCUUUACUCAAAUCAUGUUCAAUUCCUUACUGGUACUUCAAAUCAUGUUUAGUUCCAUUGAAUUUAAUGUCGGGUGAGAGGUACAAAAAUAGGAAUGGAUCCUCUUAAAUUUUAGGGGGUCUUCAUUUUAGCAUAAUCUGACAUCUUGAAGUUCAAGAAAUCAUUUGCAUUUGUUUUAGAAUCCAAAUGACUCGCAUAGCUUCCCCACUCAAGGAAAACACAAGAUCAACACAACAUCAAGUCUUCACAUUGACACUAGUUUUGCUGAACAAUUCUCAACUCCUGGUGUUUUUAAUUUUAAUUUUAAUUUUUACCAAUACAGCUCCAUGAUAGCUUUAUCUCAAAAUCACAUUUGGGAGUGAGUGGAGGAACAAUAUUUCAUAGGUGCCAGGCAAAUUUACUGUGUAAGAAAGCUUCAACCUCCAUCGAUUCUUUUGUGGGUUAAGAUAUGUAAUUUGUGGAAAUUGGACAUGUCGUUGCACAUCCACUGACGUUUGGAUGGCUACAUGUACAUGUACCUUAAAACUUUCACAGACGUCAGAUAAUAAUAAUAAUAAUAGUUCAUUGUUUUAUAGUGCAUUUCAGGACCGCAGGCCCUCUCAAAGCACUUUACAAUGUACAAUGUUUACAUAAUUACUGGAAACAUUCAUA